AACCUUACCAAGUUACCAAGUCAGACCUACCCCCAAUAGUCGGAGUACGAGUACCCCUAAUUCCCGUCCCCCAAUCUCUAACUUUCUCUCUCUUCAAAAAUCAAAUAAUUGGGGGAAAUUUGCGAUGGAAAAUUCAAAGAAAAAGUUGGAGCAACAACAAAUUGAAGAGGAAGAGACUAUUGAAUCAUCAACACUGCAAUUCUUUCAAGGUCUGGGCAUCUCUCUUCAACUCCCAAAAAUUUUGACUAAUCACGACUUAAUAUCAGAAUUAUUGAUCAAUAUUCUCAAAGUUGAUUCCAUUUCUCGAGGCCAUGUUUCUUGCUCCUUUUCCGUCCUACCUUCUGUUGCCAACUACUACAAGGGGUUGCAUGGAGGAGCAGUGGCAAGUAUAGCUGAAAGGCUAGCCAUAGCGUGUGCUCGAACCAUAGUAGCAGAGGAGAAGCCUUUGUUUCUUGUCGAGCUGAGCAUUUCCUACCUUUCUUCUGCUCCCAUGAAUGCCGAGUUGAAUGCUGUUGGAUCGGUUGUGAGGAGUGGAAGAAACUUAACCGUAGUAUCAAUUGAAAUCAGACUAAAAGAGACGAAGAAGCUGCUUUACACUGCUCAAGCUACUUUUCAUCAACUCCCUGCAGCAAAAUUAUAGCUGUAUUAUUACAAUUUCUUCAUUAGGAAAUCCCAUGUUGUGUAGAAGUUGUAAUUGAUCAGGGUAAUAAUGUAUAUUGAGGACAUAUUGGAACUUUUCAACUUCCAAAAUUUCAAAAAAUUAUCAUUAAUUACAUUUUAUGUU